UUUCCUGAAGCACCAGUGAGGUUUAACACCCGUCCAUCUCUCAUCAGAACAGAGACCCUCCCUCCUUGGAGAAAAACAGAAUACAGAACAGAACCAGCUCGGUCCUCAGACACGUCUUUAUCAAAACAAGAUGAAAAAGUUCCUGUUGUUGCUUCUCUUCUGUCACGUCUCAUCUCCAGUGAAACACUCACUCAAGUUUUUCGUAUCUGGACUUCCAAACUUCCCAGAGCACAUGGCAACUGUAAUGGUGGAUGAAGUUCUGAUCGGUUACUGCGACACCAAGAAAAAGAUACUAGAACCAAGACAGGACUUGGUGAAAACAUUUUUAGAAAACAAUCCUCAGCAGUUGGAGUUUUACACUCAAAGAUGUUUUGAGGUUGAUCCAAACUUCUUCAAAGCCACAAUGGAUAACUUCAAGCAACACUUCAACCAAAGUGGAGGUGUCCACAUUCUCCAGAGGAUGAGUGGCUGUGAGUGGGACGAUGAGACUGGAGAGGUCAAUGGUUUUAAUCAGUAUGGUUAUGAUGGAGAAGACUUCAUAGCAUUGGACCUGAAGACAUCGACAUGGAUCGCUCUGAAACCCCAGGCUGUCAUCAUCAAACAAAGAUGGGAUGCUGAGAAAUCUAGAAUAAAACACAAUGAGAUUUUCCUCACUGAGAGGUAUCCUGAAUGGCUGAAGAUGUAUGUGAACUACAGCAAGAUCUUUCUGCUGAGAAAAGAUCUUCCCUCAGUGUCUCUCCUCCAGAAGUCUCCCUCCUCUCCAGUCAGCUGCCACGCUGCAGGUUUCUACCCUGACAGAGCCAUGAUGUUCUGGAGGAAAGAUGGAGAGGAGCUUCAUGAGGACGUGGACCUCGGAGAGAUCCUCCCCAACCACGAUGGAUCCUUCCAGAUGAGUGUUGACCUGGACCUUUCAUCAGUCCCAGCUGAAGACUGGAGGAGGUACGACUGUGUGUUUCAUCUCUCUGGUGUGGAGGACGACAUCGUCACCAAACUGGACAAAGCAGAGAUCAGGACCAACAGAGGUCUGAAUUUUCACAUGAUUGUCACCAUCACUGCUGCAGUGGUUGUUCUUGUUCUUGUUCUCGUCCUCAUCGCUGCCACUGGAUUCAUCGUUUACAAAAGGAAUAAAGCAGCUCUGAGACUAACUGCACUGACUGAAAGAGGCUUCCUGCAACAACAGUGAAGUAGUUAUAAUUUAUGUGCUUGAUAUUUUAAAUGUUACAUGUAAUAGUUAAAAAAGUCUUAAAUUUCAAAAUUAAGACCUUAAAAGUCUUAAUUUUGCUGAAGUAGGCUAUUGUCUAGGUCUCUUAAUUUUCCUACAUCCAUAUAACUCUAAUGCUCAUUGAAAUGCUCCUGCUGCUCUUUAGAAAAGUUAGUUUUUUUGGUCUGUGGUGUUGUAGUUCUUUUUUUCGCUAGUCCAAGUAUAAUUCACUGUAUUAGGAUUACAAAUGAGACCAACAUGCACUUUAAAUUGCAGCCAAUCAGCUUUCAUGUUAUUGGUGCGAGUCUCUUUCGGAUUUUACCACAGACAAUAAUUCCUGGUGAGCUGGUCUGUUUUUUUGGUCAUGAGCGUUGAUGGUCACGGCACUGGGUUGAAGUCAUAGUUGAAAUACAUCAUGUGGAUGCUGUCCCUAGGUUACUUGCUGCACUCACAGUCCACUCUUUUAAUUUAUUAUUUUUAUUUUAUGUUUCUCACAGCCUAAUGAUGACGUAUUUAUGUUUCAACUCCUCCGACAGCAGCACCUUACUUAAAAAACGAUUUAUACACUUCAGUCAGUGGUGCUUGUGAUAUGUGAGCAAAAAUAAGCUAUAAAAAUGGAUAAAAGACAGUGUAAGGCAGCGCUGAAAAGACAAGAAUUAAAAAAGGGACAAAAGUUUAGGCCAUAUGAUCUAAACUGAGCAACUUUUACAUUAAAACCAGCAGAGUAAAACACCAAAUGAAGAAGAUGAGACGGGUAAACUAAGUUAGUUAGGAACAGUGCGGAUGCUAGUCGUCGUGCAAAAUAUUAUACAAUGUUUCCUGCAAACAACGUUCAUGUUUAUGAAUCAAACUUUUUCCUGUAGCUCCUCAGCAGCAGCCACUAUCAGUUUGCUGCUAACAGUGAAAGAGCCAGUAGUACCAAGCAACAGCCAUGAGCCCAUAACUAUAGGGUGGGCAGGUAGAAUUAAUAUUAAUAAAGAGUAUGGUGUAGACCUGCUCUAUAUGAAAAAAAUGCCCAUAGAUAAUAAUGUCAGAUGAUUCAGCACUACAUUACUGAAACUGACUUGAUUAGAAAGCUUUGUAAAAAGGGGAGAUUUGUGCUGAGAAUUGUGAGAAUUUCUACCAUUAGAUUUAGUGUGAGAAGCAGAGCCAGGCAGUAGUGUGUAAGGGAUAGCUGCUGUCAGUAUGAAAGGCAGAGGGAAGCUGUUGUACCACAGUGUGUGAACAACCAAA